UUGGCACACUCAUACCAUUAAUAUUUCUGUACAAAAGAAAAUCCCGCACCACGUGAUUAGAGUUCUAUUCUAUCCACACACAAGUGAAGUUGCUGAUAAAUGCUAACCAUAUCCAUAUGCAUAGUGUUUGAUCACCUAAAAUGGCCAACACCGAUACCGUUCGUUUUGGGAUCUUAGGCUGCGCCAACAUCGCUAGAAAACUAGCCAGAGCCAUCACACUUGCUCCCAACGGAACCAUCUGCGCCAUCGCAAGCCGCUCCCUAGAAAAGGCAGAGAAAUUCGCUGCAGAAAACAAUUUACCAGCAAGCGUGAGAAUCUACGGUAACUACGAUGAGAUCAUGGAGGAUUCAGUUGUGGACGCGGUGUACAUUCCUCUCCCGACGAGUCUACACGUGCAAUGGGCGGUUACAGCCGCGAAUAAGAAGAAGCAUGUGAUCGUCGAGAAGCCUGCGGCUCUCGACGUGGCAGAGCUUGAUCGAAUCUUAGAAGCUUGUGAAUCAAACGGUGUGCAGUUUAUGGAUGGUUCUAUGUGGUUGCAUCAUCCCAGGACAGCUCACAUGGAACAAUUACUCUCUCUUUCUAGUUCCACUAGUAUCGGACCAGUUCAUUUUAUCCAUAGCACAUCAACAAUGCCAACAACACAAGAGUUUUUGGAGAAUAACAUAAGAGUAAAGCCAGAGUUAGAUGCUCUUGGUGCUCUUGGUGACUUAGCAUGGUACUGCAUUAAUGCAUCCUUAUGGGCAAAGGGCUACAAACUGCCAACAACCGUUACGGCGCUCCCCGACGUUACCAGAAACUCGGCCGGAGUCAUAUUGUCAAUCACAACUUCUUUGCAAUGGGACAAACCUAAUCAGACAGUUGCAAAUAUCCACUGCUCGUUUCUUUCUCACACGUCCAUGGAUUUAGCGGUUUGUGGUUCCAAUGGGUCUAUGCAUGUUAAGGACUUCAUAAUCCCUUAUAAGGAGACUAGUGCAAAAUUUGAUUUUACAUUUGGUGCAAAAUUUGUUGAUCUUCACAUUGGGUGGAAUGUGAAACCAGAGGAAGUUCAUGUGGCCAACAAGCUCCCACAGGAAGCUUUGAUGGUGCAAGAAUUUGCUAGGCUUGUUGCAAGUGUUAGAGAUUGUGGGUCUUAUCCAUCUACCAAAUGGCCUGAAAUUAGUAGAAAAACUCAAUUGGUGGUUGAUGCUGUGAAGAAGUCCCUAGAGCUUGGCUGCAAACCUGUUGCAUUAUAGCUAAGUAGUUACAAAGUCAUUGUACACUUUAUACUUUAUGUAGUUGGAAUCAUAAAAAUUCAUGUAAAGUGAGGUAUUGCUAAUUUUAGACUAGUCUGCUGGGCAAAAUCAAUUUCACCUGCUACAAAAGUGAAGCAAAAUAUGCACUGUCUUGAUGUAGUAGUGUACUGGUUGACUUGUUCCUUUAAAAAUUAAACCAAGUCGGAGCCUAAUUUAUGGUGUCAAUGACUUCAUCUCA